UCUCUUUUCCCUAGUUCAAGUUGUCUAGUUGUAGGCUUUUUGAGAGGUUAGCUGGUUGACCUCUAUUAAAUUGGAAGUUAGUUUGAGUUUAUUAGUUUUUGUGUUAUUAGACAAUUUAUAAAAGAUCAACAUGCUGAUUAAUUCAGCAAAGAGCCUGUUGCCUGCUGCUCAAAAUGUCAGCAAGCUCCUCCAGCAAGGCGGGGCCAUGUCCGUGGUAGCGGUAAGGAACCAGGCCACCGAGGUAGCUCCCAAGAAAGAAGCCAAGGAUGCUGCAGCGUACAGACCUUAUUCGCCUUUCAAGGCAAACAAUUGGGCCGAGUUUGCUCUGGCCAGACUGGAUGACAUCAUAAACUGGGGACGAAAGGGUUCCAUCUGGCCAUUGACAUUUGGCUUGGCGUGCUGCGCUGUAGAGAUGAUGCACAUCGCCGCUCCUCGUUAUGACAUGGACAGGUACGGAGUGGUGUUCCGAGCAUCCCCUCGCCAGGCCGAUUGCAUCAUUGUGGCCGGCACACUCACCAACAAGAUGGCACCUGCGCUGCGCAAGGUGUAUGAUCAGAUGCCAGAGCCACGCUGGGUGAUCUCUAUGGGCAGUUGUGCCAAUGGCGGUGGCUACUACCACUACUCGUACUCUGUCGUCAGGGGCUGUGACAGGAUCAUACCCGUGGACAUAUAUGUUCCAGGAUGUCCCCCCACAGCGGAAGCUCUGCUUUAUGGCGUGCUCCAGCUCCAGAAGAAAAUCAAGCGAAUGUCCGCUGUCCAGAUGUGGUAUCGCCGAUAGACUAUAUUCGAAGUAGCUCCACUCUUCUUGCUUGCAGUCCCGGAGUAAUCUGUGUGGACUGCGAGGCUCUACACCUUCAUUGUAAAUAAUACUCAACUUCUAUAUUGCUCUAUCAGAAGACAUAGUGUUUACUAUGAUUGUACUAUUAAAUACUAUCUCAGCCAUUU